UGGCGCUUGCGGUCUGUCGAAGAGCUCCCGGCCAUAUCGCAUGAGGCACGCGCACGCUCCUCUGCUCCUGUAUGUAGUUGAUCUCCCGGGUGAGGUCGCCAUGUUCGUUGACGAGGCCACCGAGGUACCGGAACUCUGUCGUCUGAGCGUAUUUCUGUCCCGCGGCUUCGAUGGUCAGUGGUGGAGGCGGGGCGGGCUGUGAUGUUGUAGUCGGCUUGUCCUUUGCGCACAUCAGGAGCGUCGUACAAACCACUCGGAAAAAGAAAACAAAAUGAUGAACUUGAGGAGUGGCCAUAAUCGGGUACACCCGGCCCCAAUCCGCCCAUUAUCGGGUACCUUUUUUAACACAGUCGGCAGCGCCCUCCUGGCGCCAUCUGAUUGGCCGACGCCCGCCCCUACCCGGCCCUGACCCUAUUCCCACCGGGUGCACCCGAUCUUGGCUACUCACCCCCCGGAGGGGUACCCGAUCUUACUCUCGCCUACCCGAAAAUGGCUGGGCUAUUCGACCACCAGCAGACCACGUUCACGAACACACGUCACCAACACCCCGCACUCGAGUUCCGACGCGUACGACGGCGGGCGGAGGCGGCCCUAACACGGCUAACGCGGCGGAACUCUCGUUAGAAGUGGAUCAGUGACUCCUCCUGCAACCCACCGCCGACGGCGGAACUCUCUCGGUUCUCGUUUCGUAUCGGAGGGGGAGGAGAAAGAGGGCCAGGCGGGCGGCGGUGGAUGAAUACCUCUCAAUACCUCACUCACGUGAUCACGUGAGCUGCACACAAAUACAUGACGCAGCUCAGAUAUGUCCACGGAAGCAUCAGGCACAGAAGCAUCAGGGUGUCGCUUUCGUCUGGAAUACAUGUAUAGACACAUCAAGACCGGAGAUGUAUGGCACGUUGUUGUGCACGCAGAGGGUCGUUCGUACACAGCAAAAUGCAGCAGCAGCAAGCAGUGGAUGGCGUGGUUGUGUCUCGAUCAAGACCGGAGAUAUAUGACACAUUGUUGUGGAGGAGGAAGAGGAUCGUACAUACAUACAGUAAUGCAGCAGCAGCAGGCAGUGGAUGCCAUGGGACCUCAGAUUAAUGAUAAUAAUUCCUUGACUUCGAACUCUCGUGAGUACGUGGGAGAGACAAGGAACUGCGGGCUUGCCACAGGAGAUGGUGAAAUAUAGAGAGAGUCUCAGUGGUGGUGCACGCAGCAUGAACGAUGUCCUAAGAUGACUGGUGGUGAAGUAACACGCGCCUUGCGCGAGGAUCGCGGUGUUCUCUACUUCAUCGCUCAUAUUCUGCCGAUGCCAGUCGACUGUUCAGGCACGAGUGCCGAAACUAACCACGAGAGACUUGGUGGGUUGAGGAGCGAGAUCUACUUGCAGGAGCGAGAUCUACUUCAAACGAGAAGAGUUCC